AUGAAAGAGAUUACGAAAAGUGUGGGUGCUGUUAGUGCCACUUGCCUUUCAGGAUGGGGACCGCGAAAUCUCCAUUGUGCCUGGUUGGGGACGCUGGAAGAUAUGGCUGCCAACCAGUGCAUCACUGCAAGCACCAUGGUUGGCGUAUCAUCCGUUUCGAUGUUGAACUUCAAUGCCGACAAUGGCUACUUGGAGGGCCUGGCCCGUGGCAUCAAAAGCGGCUUACUGAAACAGUCCGACUAUCACGUGCUUGUUCAGUGUGAAACACUUGACGAUUUAAAGCUUCAUCUUCAAGAUACCGAUUAUGGUGACUUCUUGGCAAACGAAGCUGGUCCAUUGGCCGUGAGUACCAUAGAGGAGAAGAUCCGCGACAAAUUCGUUUGUGAAUUUCGUCAUCUUCGGCAUCAGGCUGUGGAACCGCUGUCUACCUUUUUGGACUAUAUAACUUAUGGUUACAUGAUUGAUAACAUUGUCUUACUUAUAACUGGCACUCUUCACGCCCGACCAAUACCAGAGUUGAUGACAAAAUGUCAUCCUUUGGGGACAUUCCUCGAAAUGGAAGCGCUCCAUAUAGCAUCUAACCCCGCCGAACUUUAUAAUGCAGUGUUGGUCGAUACGCCUCUAGCUCCGUAUUUCAUCAACUGCAUUUCGGAGCAGGAUUUGGACGAAUUGAACAUUGAGAUCAUCCGGAAUACCUUGUACAAGGCUUACUUGGAAGACUUCUAUGCAUUCUGCAAGGCUAUUGGAGGGAAGACGGCAGAGGUUAUGUGUGAGAUCUUGGCCUUCGAAGCGGACCGGAGAGCGUUUAUCAUCACCAUCAACUCGUUUGGGACGGAACUUUCAAACGAAGAUAGGUCCAAGCUGUAUCCAGAGUGUGGUAAACUCUAUCCAGAAGGCUUGACUGCUUUAUCAAAAGCAAACGACUAUGACCAAGUUAAGGCUGUUGCUGGCUACUACGCGAACUACUCCAGCCUGUUUGAUGAUACAGGAGACAACUUUGGUGAUAAGACUUUGGAGGACAAAUUCUUCGAAUAUGAGGUCCAACUAAACGUGAGCUCGUUCUUGCACCAAUUCCACUUUGGCAUCUUCUACUCGCUGCUCAAGCUUAAGGAACAAGAAAUGCGCAACAUCGUAUGGAUUGCUGAAUGUGUUUCUCAGCGUCAACGUGCUAAAAUUGAUUCGUACAUCAAUAUAUUGUAAGGAAGUCUGUCGAGCAUCGCCACCGUUUCGCUGCGCUCAAGCAUAAUGUCCUAUCCUCUGCAGCCUUCUUAUUGGAUUGUCCUCCCUUUAACUCACUGUUCUGGUUGCCUCCAGUACACCUGUGAUUGACUCAAACUAUUAUGAUCAUUCGGUCUGUCGUUUCCCUCGAUUAAUCUAUUUAAACGCCCUGUGUGUGUUGUCACUUCUUUGUUAUGUUUUGUGAACCCGAUUAUAUUUGUGAACGAGAUGCAACUGAAGUCGGCUUUCCUCUCGUGUUGUGCCAUUGUUUUUCUCAAUAAAAACAGUUGUGUUAGCCCGA